AUUCGAUUCCCAGACACAACUUCCUGACAGUGCUUCGAUCUGCGACCAUUCCACCUCCUCGUCCUUUUUAAAUCGUCAGAUUGUCAAUCGCAAUCAUGUCCUACCCUGCUAUCCUCCUCCGCGCCGAGCAGAAGCCGCUCGAGCACCGCUCUUUCUCCCCCGCGGUCAUCAAGACCCUUAUCGAUGCCGGCUACCCCAUCUCCGUCGAGCGCUCCUCCACCGACCCCAACUUCAAGCGCAUUUUCGAGGAUUCUGAGUACGAGGCUGCUGGUGCUACUCUCGUCCCAAGCGGUGUCUGGCCCGAUGCUGCCCCCGGCACUAUUAUUCUUGGCCUGAAGGAGAUUCCUGAGGAGGACUUUCCCCUCAAGAAUGACCACAUCACCUUUGCCCACUGUUACAAGCAGCAAGGUGGGUUUGAGAAGGUUCUCGGUCGAUUCCCCCGGGGUGGCUCUACCCUCUACGAUUUAGAAUUUUUAGUCGACUCCGUUGGUCGUCGCGUGAGCGCAUUCGGGUAUCACGCAGGCUUCACUGGCGCCGCGCUGGGCAUCAAGACCUGGGCAUGGCAGUUGACACACCCUGGCGAGAAGCUCCCUGCUGUGGCCACCUUCACCGAGGGUCGUGGGUACUACCUGAACGAAGAGGAGCUCGUUAGCCAGAUCCGAGAGGAUAUCGCCGCCGGCGAGAAGGUCCUUGGACGUAAGCCCACUGCCAUGGUCCUCGGGGCGCUUGGCCGUUGCGGCCGUGGUGCUGUCGAUCUGUUCAUCAAGGCUGGCAUUGCCGAUGAGAGCAUUACCAAGUGGGACUUUAAUGAGACGAAGGAUCGCGAGGGCCCCUACGAGGAGAUUGCCCAGCACGACAUCUUCCUCAACGCCGUAAGUACCGAAGUACUGCUUUCUAUUUCAUAACUAACAACCAGCUAGAUCUACCUCUCCAAGCCCAUCCC